AUGAUGGCAGUCCACCUGUCGACCCUAACUGUCCUGGUGCCCCUGCUGUCUCUCGCCGGGCUGCUGUAUUCGGCAACGUUUGAUGAGGACUUUCCGCAGGGUUGUACCAGUGCUGCCAGUGUCUGCUUCUACAGCUUGCUGCUGCCUAUCACCAUUCCCGUCUACGUGUUCUUCCACCUGUGGAACUGGAUGGGGAUUAAACUCUUCAGGCACAACUAGUCCCCGCGUAAAACUCUUGGACUUGUUCACAAACUUCAGCCCUGCAGGUGAAAUGUUUCAGUGACAAGGUUUUCCAUUGGUUUGAAACACUUAACCCUUUGGGUGCAUGUUGUCGGUGUUAACAACAUCCUUGGUUAAUGGGUGCUUUGGGUAGUUGUUCAUCUGCGUUGUGUUCCCAAUAUUUAUUGCUUUGACUUCAGUUGCGGUGUCUGGUUUCUCGUGGUCCUGCAAACAUUACUCUCAGUCGGAUGGUUGUGUGUUCAACCCCCUGCGUGACCGGCGUUACUCCCUGCUCUCUGCUGGCAGUAAUGGCCCUGAAUCCAUGUGUGAUGGAUUCAAGCCCCAUGAUCGAGGCUGGCAGUACUGAGGGGGAGUUCCUAAAUCCCUUCUCAGUGCCAAGGCCGUGGAAGAGCAGGGGAGUCCUACUCCCACUGCCCCUGGGGUUAAUGCUUAUCCCUCAGCAAACCACCAGAACCAGUGAUCUGAUCUUUGUCACAUUACUCUUUGUGGGAUCUUGCUCUGCACAAUUCCCAGCACAGGUCGUUGCCGAUAGAGCACUCUGGAAUGUCCUGAGGUGUGAUACCAGAUCGCGUUCCCCGACUGGUCGUCACGAGGCAGCCUGUGGUCACUGACCAAUGACUUUGUGACCAACCGUCACAGGCAGUGAAUGGCUGUAAUGUUCCGACGUCACACUUGUUCCUGUUUGCAGUGUUAGCAGUUAAAUAAAACAGUUUGAAGCAAUAA